AUGGCAAAGGAAGAGUUCUUCAAAUAUAUCAAUCCAGCACCUCUAACUCAAAAAGUUGCCACUCGAGAUGGCUGCAUCUACAUGUAUCGGCUUAUGAAGUGUAUUGGUUGGAUACCACCAAAGGAAGGACUUCAGCGUUAUCUAUACUUUAUCUGGACCUUAACAACGUUUGCAUUUGGAGCUGUGUAUCUACCCGUGGGAUUUUUUCUGAGCUACUUUAAAAUGCUCGACAAGUUUACCCCAGAUGAAUUUCUCACCUCAUUUCAGGUGUCCAUUAAUGCAUGCGGUAGUUCAGUAAAGUGCAUUAUAUUAUACAUUUAUCUGUGGCGUCUCCGCAAGACCGAAAAUAUUUUAGACGAACUAGACAAACGGGCUCUGAAGGACAGUGAACGACAGAAGGUGCACGAAACUGUGGCACUCAGCAAUUAUGUAGUUCUAAUCUUCACCAUCAUUUACAACGGAUAUUCGCUUUCUACGGUUCUGGCUUAUCUGGCCAGCGGCAGAGCCCCUUAUUCGGUGUACAAUCCGUUUCUGAACUGGCGCGACAGUCAAAUGAACUUAUAUAUUCAGGCAACCUCUGAGUAUAUCAUUAUGUCAUUUGCCGUGAUACAAGAUCAACUAGCCGACACAUAUCUGGUAGUAUUUAUGAUUUUGAUUCGCGGUCACUUUAAUUUAUUAAAGGAUCGUGUGCGGGAUUUACGGACUGAUCCCUUCAAGACAGAGGAAGAAAACCACGAGGACUUGGUUAACUGUAUAAAGGAUCACAAGCAGAUUUUACAAUGCUGUAAUAUGAUACGUCCUAUAAUAUCAGGCACGAUUUUUGUGCAGUUUGCACUCAUCGGCUCCGUGUUGGGAGUGACCCUGAUUAACAUAUUCUUCUUCUCAAAUUUAUGGCGUGGUUUGGCGUCAAUUUUAUUUGUUAUCGCUGUUUUAAUGGAGACAUUUCCUUUUUGUUACAACUGCAACUUACUUAUUGACGACUGCGAGGAAUUUGGAAUCCGAAUGUUUCAGUCCAAUUGGAUUGAUGCAUCUCCCCGUUAUAAAUCAACUCUAAUUCAUUUUAUGCAUCAAGCCCAGCAACCGAUUGUUUUUAUAGCUGGUGGUCUUAUUCCCAUUACGCUGAAUAGCAAUAUCACAGUGGCCAAGUUCGCAUUCAGCAUUAUUACCAUAGUACGGGAAAUGAAUCUUGCCGAACAGUUUGAAUAA